AUGAAGACAAUGAUUAGCAUAAAUUCAAACGUUUCUCACAAUUAUAGAGCCUCCUGUAAAUCAGAAUAAUCAAUAACUCCUUUAAGAGUACCUUACAAUGGGGGAUCACAAUAAAAUUGUUUAUCAAAAAAAUCGUGUACAAACACUAAUUUUAUAGAAAGUGUUUUAAUGGAGUACAAAUAGCUUUGCGCAUGGGUAAUUAAGGAGAUGAAUUUGAAAAAAGAUCAUAAUUAGAUGAUUAGCAAUUUAAAUAAGCAAUUAUAUUAGUUUGAAAUGUUUUUAGCAAAAAAAUUGGAUGGUUAUACAUAAGAAAUUUAGGCAUUGAAGUUAGUUCAAUAAGAAAAUUAAGUUACAAUUCAUAAAUUAAGUUCUACAAAUUAGGAUUUGAAAAAUAAAUUGAAAUAGAUCUCAAAUAAUAUAAAUGGUGACUUUUUAUCAAGUUCUCCUUUAAAGAAAAGGCAUAAUUAUUCAAUUCAACUAAUUACAAAACAACCAUUAAGAAAUAUAAGCUAUUCAUUACAAGAACCUAGUUGUGAUAAAGAGAAUAGAGAAAUAUUUCCUAAAAAAAAGUCUUUAAAACCUAAGUUUAAAAUAUGA